GUCCUUCCCCCUGCACUUGUCAGAUGCAGAUGGGACUGGCAAAGUUUGUUUGAAUAAAAAAAAAGCCAAAAAAAAAGAAAAAAAAAAAGGAAAAAAAAAAAAGGGGGAAGAGCAGGAGGAGGGGGAGGGAAAAAAAAAGAUCCUAGAAAUCCAAAAAGGCUCAUCUGGGAAGGAGAGAGAGGAGAGCGAGAGGAAGCGGGAUGCAACUCAACCUGACGCUGAUCUGCUUCGUCUUCGGGGGGUUCCUGCCCGACGCCGCGGCCCGGCGGGAGCAGAUGGACACGGGGCAGUGCGACCUGCCCCGCUCGCAAGGAGAGCUCAACUCCUUCCUCUGGACCAUCCGCCGUGACCCCCCCGCCUAUCUCUUCGGCACCAUUCACGUGCCCUACACGCGCGUGUGGGACUUCAUCCCUGACAACUCCAAGGCCGCUUUCCACGCCAGCUCCAGCGUCUACUUUGAGCUGGACCUCACCGACCCUUACACCAUCUCGGGGCUGGCCAGCUGCCAGAUGCUGCCCCAUGGGGAGAACCUGCAGGACGUGCUGCCCCGGGAGCUGUACCGCCGCCUCAAACGGCACCUGGACUACAUCAAGCUGAUGCUGCCCCACUGGAUGACCCCAGACCAGCGGGGCAAAGGGCUCUAUGCAGACUACCUCUUCAAUGCCAUCGCCGGCAAUUGGGAGCGCAAGAGGCCUGUCUGGGUGAUGCUCAUGGUGAACUCCUUGACAGAGACGGACAUUCGCUCCCGAGGGGUACCGGUGCUCGAUCUCUACCUUGCCCAGGAGGCUGAGAGGAUGAAGAAGACAACGGGAGCGGUGGAGAGGGUGGAGGAGCAGUGUCACCCGCUGAACGGGCUCAACUUCUCCCAGGUGCUGUUUGCUCUAAACCAAACUCUGCUGCAACAUGAAAGCCUCCGAGCAGGUAGUUUGCAGGCCCCGUAUACCACCGAAGAUCUCAUCAAGCAUUAUAACUGUGGAGACCUGAAUGCUGUUAUAUUCAACCAUGACACUUCUCAGGUACCUAACUUCAUCAAUACAACACUCCCACCACAUGAGCAGGUGACAGCUCAGGAGAUAGACAGCUACUUCAGACAGGAGCUCAUCUACAAGAGGAAUGAGAGGAUGGGGAAGAGAGUGAUGGCGCUUUUAAGGGAGAAUACAGAUAAGAGCUUCUUCUUUGCCUUUGGAGCAGGUCACUUCCUCGGUAACAACACUGUGAUUGAUGUACUGAGACAAGCAGGAUUUGAAGUGGAGCACACCCCUCCUGGACAACCAAUUGGAAAUUCCAGGAUGACAAAGACAAGCCCAGCCUUGGAAGGGUCCUCAGCAACAGCCCUGCCCCCUGUCCAGCUAUCUGAGCAGGUCCCACUGACAUCUCCUUCCCUGAAGCCGCUGCAGAUGGAUGAAGAAGACAGCCUGUCUCCUCACCUCCUGUUGCCAGAUAGCAUCAGUCAGCUGGAAGAGUUUGGCAGACAGAAGAAAUGGCACAAGAAGCAGCACAAACACCAUCGCCAGAGGCAGUUCAAUGACCUCUGGGUUCGGAUAGAAGACAGCACCACCACGUUGCCUUCCUAUAUCAGGAUAACCAAUGGCUACAUCACAGUCAAACCUCCCAUUUGGAUUUCAAACCAGCUGGAUCAGAGACCACGCUCAGAUCGCCCAUCCCAGCCUCAGCCUACAAGCUCAGCUUCAGCCAGCCUUUUACGGCCAUCAAUAACUUCUCUUCUCUGCGUGGUUAUAGCUUCUUUACUCCUGAAUCUACUGCAGCCUUCCUGACCACAUUAGUAUUACUUGCAAUCCCUUGGAAUAGAGAAGAGAGAUAAUUUAUGAACGAAUUGGAGGUUAAGACAACAGUUACAAUCUGGACCUUCUCAGUGACUCAGUAGUGCCUUCUAGCUGAUUUUGUCUCUUUGCCCAGAUACAUUUUGAAACUCUAAAGCUUUAUUGUAACACUGACUUACAUCUUCUUUUUGUAGAAGGAUCUUUAUUUCCCAUAGUGCUAUGGGGUUUUGUAAAAUACACAUGUUCAUAUAAAGAAAAACAAAAAAAACAAAAAGAAAAAAUGUAUUUAUUCGACUGGUAAACUUAUUUUUCUUGUUGUAUAUGUUAAUAACAUCCCUAUUAAUCAGUAGUGAUGGUGAAACAGAUAAAUUAAUAUUUUCUAUAUUUGUGUUCUGACAACUCUGCAAAUGUCUGAACUGACACCAAAUGAAUGCCUUCUUUCUUUCUUUAACCAUUACCUUUUACAGCAGCUGUUCAAUAAGUACAGUUCUGCUAAACUUCUUUAUUUUACUUUCUUUUAUCUCAUUAGCAUAGUUUACACUGACUAAAGAAGGUCCUUCUCUCUGUGGCCUAUACCCAUUAGAAAAAUAGGUGCAUUCCUAACUCGUUAGCUGCUAUAACCUAAAAUAACAGUUGUUUUUAUAUGACUUAAUAAGUCAUUAAUCAAGAUAACCCUCUAAGUUCUGCUGUUAUCCUUAACUAAACUAUUUAACUUCCUUGGAAAUUACCAGUUCCCCUCUUUGCCCUGGAAUUAAUUCAUUAGCUAACACAAAUCAAGACACCUUUUUUCUUAAUAAAAAUUGCUUUUGAAGUCUGUAAUAUUCCCACUGGAAUUAUUUUCUUCUCUCCCUCUUUUUGUAUAAACACAAGCCUAGAACCUUUCCCAGUGUAAAUGAAGAUAGAACUUUGUCUGCCUAUAGGGUAUAAAGAUGUAGUACCCUAUUAAUCUGUAGAACUUUGAACCACUUGUAUUAAUGCAGAUGGACAACCCAGGGGGCAAAAAACCUCUACAGAUUCCUCUUCAUCUUGCUCUUAUGAUGCUUAGAGCUGAUAUCUCCAUGCUGAGUUAUGACUUGUCCAAAAUCUGUUCAAGAGCACAGGAGUCAAAUGAGCCCUGUGUUUCUGUAUGGAGACAUCUAGA